AGCCAGUUCCCCUUACAGACCAAACCCAUGGAACUUGUGAAUUCUGCUAUGUUGCCUUCGGGGCCUUGUGAGAUCAAUGUGACUUUGGAAACAAAUGGAUGAAUGAAUAUCCAUAUGAAGAGGAAAACAAUAAAGAAUAUCAACACCUUUGAAAACAGAAUGUUAAUGCUUGAUGGGAUGCCGGCAGUCAGAGUUAAAACAGAGCUUUUGGAAUCUGAACAAGGGUCUCCAAACGUCCACAACUACCCCGAUAUGGAAGCUGUUCCUCUGUUGUUAAAUAAUGUGAAAGGGGAGCCUCCGGAGGACUCGUUGUCUGUAGAUCACUUCCAAACACAAACUGAGCCAGUGGACUUGUCUAUCAACAAAGCCAGGACAUCCCCCACAGCCGUUUCAUCCUCCCCGGUUUCCAUGACAGCGUCCGCCUCCUCGCCUUCUUCAACUUCAACCUCUUCAUCCUCUUCUAGUCGUCCAGCCUCAUCCCCAACUGUUAUAACAUCAGUAUCUUCAGCAUCAUCUUCGUCAACAGUAUUAACUCCAGGGCCCCUCGUUGCCUCGGCAUCUGGUGUGGGAGGCCAGCAGUUUUUGCACAUUAUCCAUCCUGUACCGCCUUCGAGUCCCAUGAAUUUACAGUCUAACAAACUGAGUCAUGUUCACCGCAUCCCCGUGGUCGUACAGUCGGUGCCUGUUGUCUACACAGCCGUGCGGUCACCUGGAAAUGUGAACAACACGAUUGUAGUGCCGCUUUUGGAGGACGGGAGAAGUCAUGGCAAAGCACAAAUGGACCCCCGAGGCCUAUCUCCCAGACAAAGUAAAAGUGACAGUGAUGAUGAUGACCUGCCAAAUGUGACCUUAGAUAGCGUUAAUGAAACCGGAUCUACGGCCCUUUCCAUAGCCAGAGCAGUUCAAGAGGUACAUCCGUCCCCAGUAUCAAGGGUCCGGGGAAAUCGAAUGAAUAAUCAGAAGUUUGCAUGUUCAAUUUCACCAUUUAGUAUUGAGAGCACAAGACGCCAGAGACGGUCUGAAUCCCCAGACUCCAGAAAACGGCGUAUUCACAGAUGUGAUUUUGAGGGAUGCAACAAAGUGUACACAAAAAGUUCUCACCUGAAGGCUCAUCGAAGGACACAUACAGGGGAGAAGCCCUACAAGUGCACCUGGGAAGGCUGCACCUGGAAGUUCGCUCGUUCGGAUGAACUGACGAGGCACUACCGCAAACACACGGGAGUGAAGCCAUUCAAGUGCGCGGACUGCGACCGCAGCUUUUCCCGGUCGGACCACCUGGCGCUGCACCGCCGGAGGCACAUGCUGGUGUGAGGAAGGCCACGCGUCCAGCUGAGCCAAGAGCUGGCUCUCUUAGCGGCACCCAGUUCAGCAGGGCUGACUCCCCUUCACAGUGUUAACGCAAAAGGGCAUCACCAUCCCACGAUGUCUGACACCAGAGCAGGAACAGAAGGAACACUUCUCCUUUCGGUCUGAAGGUAACCCCCAUCGCGACUCCACGAGACCCGUCUUCACGCUGGCCUGGGAGGCCCAGACACAGAUGCCGACGAGACAGGCAUUGCUCUCCGUGCUGUGUACUCUGCCAUUGAAAGAUGUUUGUAGCUUGUCCAUUUUCUGAGCGGUCAGACUUUUUGUUAUUGAUCCUUUAAAGGUCAUCUACCACAAAUUGAUGGCUAGAGCGAGACCUGAUAAAUGGGGAUUCUUCUCCCAUCGUCCCACCCCUUAACCCCUUUUUUACAGAAUUUUUAGUUACCAUCUGGGUAAGCUAGAACACACAUCCAGUCUGUGGCCAGCAAGCAGCAUGAAAGUAGAACAGAAGAAGCUGGUGGAGAGGCCCCAUUACCUGUAAAGAGAGGGGCCCCCAGGCAGCCCUGUGCAAUAGUGAUGGCGGCAGCUAGAUAGCGCCCGCGACUUGUCAUGAUGCCAUGCCCUGAAGAAAACCAACAUUGAGUCUUUCAUUUGUUUGUUGUUGAUUGUUUUUGU